AUGGACAGAGCAUUGGACACUAGCUGCCAGGAAGUCGUAGAGCUGCCGGAGCAGCAGGCGACCACAUCGGCAAACCCGUCGGGAAGGCGUGUGAGCGUCGUGGAGGAACCACCGAAGGACGGGGAUGUGUCACCCGCCAUUCUACCCCAGGACCUGGAGGUAAGGAGAAGGCGAAUCGAGCUGCAGAAAAAGCAGCUCAAACUAGAAAACGCCCGAAAGGAGCUGGAGAUCGAGCUGCGCGAAAUCGAGCUCGAAGAGGAAAUUUCGGACCGCAGCAGCCAGGUAAGCACGUAUGUAGCUAAAACGGCAGCCUGGUUGCAGGAAACGAGCCGCGUCGGAACGACGCCGUUGAGUCGUCACCAUGACGACGAUAUUAAUAAUGGCGGCUCGGGUCAUCCACCGGUGACCCCAAUUGCGACCGCGGGUGCGUGGGUUCGCGUGUCCCGUCUGACGCCAAGUCAAGAGGAAGCGCGGAGGUCAAUCCCGAAGGAUCUUCCAGUUUUCUCCGGAGACGUAGGGCAGUGGGGACUGUUCUACGCGACGUAUCAGCGAUCCACUGUUCUCUGUGGGUUUAGUGAUGAUGAGAACCUGAUCCGCCUACAAAAGGCCCUACGGGGGCCAGCACUGGAGUCGGUCGACCACAUCAUGCUGCUACCGGAUGGUCUGGCCAAAGUGAUGGAGAUUUUGUGCACUGAGUACGGUAGACCGGAUCUCAUAGUGGACGAUCUGGUGGAAAAGGUGAGGAGGCUACCCCCCGUUCGGACCGAACGAUUGGAGACGCUAGCCGCGUUUGGAAAAAUGGUGCGGAAAAUGUGCGCUACGAUAGAGGUUUCGGGGCUGCAGGACUACGACUGCAACGUCACGUUACUAAGAGAACUGGUAACGAAGCUUCCCGCCGAGCGCAGGUUAGAGUGGGCUCGUUACAAGCUCAAACUGUCGCGGGAAACCAUCAGGGAGUUCGACAAGUGGUUUUCAGAGAUUGCGGUGGCUGCGAGCGCCGCUUCGAAAACCUUCGAGCCAACGACGCGACCCGAAACAUCACGGCCACUACCGUGGACGGACGAUACACAGCGCGACGAAUCCGAUUCGAGGGAAGUUCAGCUGCGGAUUUCGGGUGUGCACCAAGGAGCAGUGGUGUUCGACAUUCGGAAGGCGCACACCUUGCGUGAUCUCUCGCUGCCGGCGCAGACGUUAUCGAUCGGGAAGCUGGUGGAGUUAUAUCCACAUCUGAAGGGACUCCCGAUUGUUCCCUACACGAAUGCAACACCACGUAUCCUGAUCGGCGUCAAUGAUAUUCAUCUGGGUAAGCCGCUGCGUUGCGUGGAAGGGAGUUUCAACGAGCCGAUCGCCGCUAAGACGAGACUCGGGUGGACAGUGUCUGGUCCGUGCUACACACCUGCCUCCGUAAGUACUACGGCGUAUCAUAAUUUCCAUUUGUGUACCUGUAAUGGGAAAAGCGAUCAGAAGCUGAACAUGGCGUUAAAGGAAUACUUCUCUUUGGAUUCGAUUGGAGUAAGCGUUUCAAGUAAACUUGUUUCGAAGGAAGAAGAACGUGCGACCAAGUUGCUAAAUACCGGAACGCGCCUGUUAGAAGACCGCUACGAAACAAGUUUACUAUGGAAGUAUGAUGAUGUGCGCCUCCCAUGCAGCCGCGAGAUGGCUCUUAAACGUCACGCGUGCCUGAAAAGGAAAUGUGACAAAAAUCCGGAAUUAGCGAGGGCGAUCAACAAUAAGAUGCACGAGUAUGCAGAGAAAGGGUACAUUCAGCGCGUUCCGGAAGAAGAAAUUAUGGAGAGGAAGGAUAGGGACUGGUACUUGCCGAUUUUCCCAGUUUACAACCCUAAUAAACCCGGGAAGUUGCGUAUGGUGUUUGACGCCGCUGCGCAAGUGCAUGGGGUGAGCUUAAACACAUUCCUGCUUACCGGUCCGGACCAACUAGUGGGGCUUGUACAGGUGUUGUACAAAUUUCGAGAGAAUCGAAUUGCCAUAACUGGAGACAUACGAGAAAUGUUUUUCCAGGUACGCAUGAAUCCCGUUGAUCAACGAAGCCAGAUGAUUUUCUGGGACGAUGGCAGCAAGCAGAAUGGAGAACCUAGCGUAUAUGCCGUUUCCGUGAUGACUUUCGGCGCUGCUUGCUCGCCUGCGGCCGCUCACUUCGUAAAGAAUCUCAACGCGGAUAGAUUUGCUGAACGCUUUCCCCGAGCAGCGGAAUGUAUCAAGUACGAGCAUUAUGUAGACGACUUGUUGGCGAGUGUCGAAACUGUCGAUGAGGCAGUUGCUUUGGCGGAGAACGUGAGGUUCGUGCAUUCGAAGGGCGGUUUCGAGAUCCGGAAUUGGUUGUCUAACGCGAAGGAAGUUGUGGACAAGCUACGGUGGGGAGCCAACAACAAUAUAUGCAUCGACAUGAGCUCGAAUCAAGACACCGAAAAAGUCUUAGGUAUGUGGUGGAAUACGGCUGAUGAUACAUUUACCUUUCGUAUAAAUCCGCGUAUCGACGAGAAGCUGUUGGCAGGUAGUAGAUUACCAUCAAGACGCGAAGUGCUAAGUACGCUUAUGAUGAUCUACGAUCCCUUGGGGCUUAUUGGCCACUUCCUCAUGUUCCUCAAGGUUCUCCUGCAGGACUUAUGUAGAUCCGGCAUACACUGGGACAAAAUAAUCGAAGGUGAAGCUGCAAGGAAAUGGUUAAGAUGGGUUGGAUUAUUGCCGGAAUUAGAGAAGCUGACAAUCGGGAGGUGUUAUCGAACCCUAACGUCAGCGAAUAAAUCAAACGUGCAACUACAUGUUUUCACCGAUGCGAGCCAGAGUGGGAUGGCCGCGGUUGCUUACCUACGCUUCGAAGAGAAUGGUGUUGUGGAGUGCGCCCUGAUUGGAUCUAAGACGCGGGUUGCUCCACUGAAGCUUCUGUCCAUACCACGGCUGGAGCUUCAAGCAGCUGUAAUAGGAGCACGUUUUGCGGACCAUAUCACCAAGACACAUCGAUUGAAGAUCGACAGAAGGAUGUUCUGGACGGAUUCACGGAACGUUGUGAGCUGGAUUAGGUCGGACCAUAGGCGGUUUAGCACAUUCGUCGCUUUCCGGGUGAGUGAAUUGUUCGAAAUAACAAACACUAAUGAAUGGCGAUGGCUUUCCACUAAGGUCAACGUAGCAGAUGACGGAACGAAAUGGCAAGGAGAUCCCGACCUGACCUCAUCCAGCAGAUGGUUUCGCGGGCCAGAGUUCCUGUGGGAGGCGGAGGAAAAGUGGCCAAUUAAUAACAACGAUCCUGGUGAAACAUCGGAGGAAAUACGCAAGAGCGUAUCACACCACGCUGUAGUCAACAUUAUAGUUGAUUUCACCCACUUCUCGCGAUGGAAGAAGUUGCUGCGAACGGUGGGCUACAUUCACCGGUACAUUGGGAACCUGCAACGACGAGUUAGGCGAGAAGAGAAAGUUGGAGGGCCGCUGACGCAGGAGGAGCUGUUUGCUGCGGAGCGGUCAUUGUACAUAUGGGUACAGUUGGAUGGAUUUGCCGCUGACAUCAGACGGCUGAGCAGUGGCGCGAAGCAGAAACAUCCUUGGAAGAGAGUGAUCGGACCAGAUAGCUCGCUGUAUAAAUUAUCUCCUGAAAUCGACGAAAGAGGUAUUUUAAGAAUGCGGGGGAGGUUGAAUAAUUAUACACCACUGGGUGCUUCACUGGGGAAGCCUAUCAUCUUACCUAGGCGACAUCCCGUCACGGAUCUGAUCAUCAGGGACUUCCACGAGCGAUAUUGCCAUCAGAGCCAUAGUACGGUGGUAGGCCAACUCCGAACACGGUAUUACAUUCCGAAGGUGCUGGUGGAGUUCAACCGGGUUCGACGUGGUUGCCAGCACUGCAAGAUAAGAAAUGCUGCACCAAAUCCACCCUUAAUGGGCGAUAUUCCCCGACAGAGAGUAGCAGUAAGCCAGCGAGCAUUUACAUACACUGGGCUGGAUUACUUCGGACCAAUUUUUGUGGUAGUGGGGCGGCACUCGGAGAAGCGCUGGGGAGCACUGUUCACCUGCCUCACGACGAGAGCAGUGCAUUUAGAGGUAGCACACGCACUAACGACUGCUUCGUGUAUUUUAGCGAUUCGGCGGUUCAUCGCAAGAAGAGGUUCCCCUCGGGAAAUAAUCAGCGACCGAGGCACUAAUUUUGUUGGUGCGGCGAAAGAGCUUAAGGUCGCCUUGAAGGAUGUAGACGAGAACGCGCUGAAGUUAAGAUUCAGCGGUCCGGAGCUGAAGUGGAAGUUCAACCCGCCGGCGGCACCCCAUUUCGGCGGAAGCUGGGAACGUCUCGUGCAGUCAGUGAAGAAAAUCUUGAGCGGUUUUGAUCUACCACGUCUCCCUACGGAUGAAAUCUUGAUAUCAACAUUGGCUGAAGUGGAGAUGAUGAUCAACUCUAGACCGCUGACCUACGUACCACUCGACGAGGAAUCCGACUGCCCAAUAACGCCAAACCACCUACUACUGGGAAGCCCCGACGGGAGUAAGCCGGCCGUCUGCUUCGACGAUUCGCCGACAGCCAUACGGACGUCUUGGGGUGCUGUGCAAGUGAACGCGGAUAUCUUUUGGAAGCGGUGGAUAGCGGAAUAUUUGCCAACACUCACACGCAGGACAAAAUGGUUCCACCCGGUGCCACCGAUCAAGGUGGGAGACGUAGUGUUGAUUGUGGAUGGGAACUUACCUCGGAAUACCUGGCCUAUGGGACGCGUACUCGAGGUGACCCGCGCCAAGGAUGAUCAGGUUAGGCGGGCGAGAGUACAAACGGCCAAUGGUAUUUUGGAAAGACCAGCGACAAAAAUUGCGGUUUUGGACGUGGGAACAGCAGGAUAA